ACUCCACCCACAUUUUCCACCUCGCCCCCACUGGAUUUGAACCUACAACUCACGGUCACCGUUUCUAAAACAGUCAUACAGGGGUGGAUAGAAACCAGGGAGACCCCCGUGUACCACUGAAUAAUUUGUAGCCAUGGUUCUCCUUUAAAUUUCCUCCGUGCCCGGGUACUACAUCUGCCACUACCACCACCAGCAGCAGCGCUGCUUCUUGAUGUUGUGGUCGGGAAUACGCAUGCGCCCGGCAUUGGAAUUACUGCACUGGGAAGAAUAAGUUGGACCUCGUCUGUCUUCACUAAAAGAAAAAUACAUAUAACAUAAGCAUGGCAGUGUUCCGAAUAAGAAGAAUGAGGUGUUUUUGCGUCUGGUUCGUCUCUCUCGUAGUGACCGUGAUGUGCGCCCAAAGUGCCGGUGUCAAUGACCCUAGCAAUAUGUCUUUGGUUAAAGAAACGGUGGAUAGACUGUUGAAAGGUUAUGAUAUACGAUUGAGGCCAGAUUUCGGAGGUCCUCCGGUGGAAGUGGGAAUGAACAUAGACAUAGCCAGCAUAGACAUGGUGUCAGAAGUCAACAUGGACUACACACUGACGAUGUACUUUCAGCAGGCCUGGCGAGACAAACGGCUGUCCUACUCUGAGAUCCCCCUCAACCUGACCUUAGAUAACCGGGUGGCUGACCAGCUCUGGGUCCCCGACACCUACUUCCUCAAUGACAAGAAAUCGUUUGUCCACGGUGUCACAGUGAAAAAUAGAAUGAUCCGACUGCACCCGGAUGGUACCGUACUGUACGGUCUAAGGAUCACUACCACCGCUGCUUGUAUGAUGGACCUGAGAAGGUAUCCACUGGAUGAGCAAAACUGCACACUCGAGAUAGAGAGUUAUGGCUACACUACAGAUGACAUUGAGUUCUACUGGCGAGGAGGAGUCAAUGCUGUGACAGGGGUGGACAAGAUCGAACUGCCCCAGUUUUCAAUUGUGGAUCAUAACCUCAUCUCCAAGAAUGUCGUCUUCUCAACAGGUGCUUACCCUCGUCUGUCCCUUAGUUUUAAACUGAAGAGAAACAUCGGGUACUUCAUCCUGCAGACAUACAUGCCUUCUAUACUCAUCACUAUCCUCUCGUGGGUCUCCUUCUGGAUCAACUAUGACGCCUCGGCUGCCAGAGUGGCUCUGGGUAUUACCACGGUGCUGACCAUGACUACCAUUAACACCCACCUGAGAGAAACCCUCCCCAAAAUCCCCUACGUCAAGGCCAUAGACAUGUACCUCAUGGGCUGCUUUGUCUUUGUCUUCCUGGCUCUGCUGGAGUAUGCGCUGGUAAACUACAUAUUCUUUGGACGAGGCCCUCAACGUCAGAAAAGGGCAGCUGAGAAACUAACUACAGCUAACAAUGAAAAGAUGAGGAUGGAUCCAAACAAGUGGCUGGUGGGGAAUGUAGUUGGCCGAGACGAUACUCUGUAUGCAAGAAUGAAACAAAGGGAUCUUGAUGGUCAUGACUCGAUGUGGGAACCAAUCUUUGUGGAUGACGGAGCAAUUGGACUUGGCGAACAAAAGAACAAAAUGGACCCACAUGAAAACAUCCUUUUGGGCACCUUGGGCACCUUGGACAUCAAGAACGACAUGGGCGUUUCAGAGCUGGCUCUGGGUCUCAACGACCCACGAAAUACCAUGCUGACAUACGAUAGCUCGACUCUACAGUACCGCAAAGCAGGGCUGGCCAGGCACAACUUUGGUCGAAACACGCUGGAGUGCCACAUGACUCAAAAGAAGAGCCGACUACGGAGGCGUGCUUCACAGCUAAAGAUCAACAUCCCAGACUUGACUGAUGUAAACUCUAUUGACAAAUGGUCGAGGAUCAUCUUCCCGACUGUCUUCUCCUUCUUCAACAUUGUUUACUGGCUUUACUACGUCAAUUAAAAGAAACAAAGGACAUCAGUGAGUGCAAGAACAAACAGCAAAAUAUGUUGCUCAUUUGUUGUUUGUAUCCGGUUUGUUUCAUUUUUAUUUGAUCUUGUAAAACUGGACUGAAUUACUAUAUCCAGGACUGGAAACAUCAUAUCUUGGAAUACCCUAUUUGCUGGCUAACACGUGAAAACCUUAUAAAAGAGAGAUUACAAAUAUAUAAGGUGCCUGUUCCUGAGUAAUUGUUUAAAUUGUACAUACUCUGUGCAUUGUGUAUCUUGCCAUUUUGUUGUUUGUUUGCAUAUUUUUUUAUGUUUUUAUUAUGUUAGAUCUACAGCACACAUAAAUCUUUGCCAAAAUAUAUCAGUUAGAAACCAAUUGACAGUUGACAAAAAAUGAUAAUUUACUAUUAACGACAAUACUUAAAUAGUGUUAAAGCAAGUUUCAGGUCAGCAGAGUUUUUUAAGAUGAAUUAUGUCAAACACAAAAUGUAUUGUUACUAGCAUUGAUUUCAUACUAAUAUUAUAAGGGCCUGAAGUUCACAUUUUACAAUAGAAUGUACUAUGGAAGUAAUGUAUCGAUCUUUUUCUACUUUAUUAUACUAAAUAAUAAUUUAAUAAAUUUCUAAGGAUCUUCUCAGUUCAUAAACCAUUUUAAUACAGAAGUAUUACGUAAUAUCAACAAAGAGCAUUCCAAAAAUUCCAGGUUUUAACUUAGAUUGCACUAAGAAAGAAAAUAUGAAAUAUUUGUCUUUUGCCAAAUUGGCUUUAAAUAUACAUUAUUAUAAUUAUUGAUAUUGGAUUAUACCCCAAAACACAUAUACACAGUAUGAAUGUCUCAGACUGCAUCUGAAGAAAGUAGUUUAGUCUUUAGAUGUAUAUAUACAUAAAUAUCACAUGUAUAGCUUUUAUUAUAGGGAUACUAUGACCUACAAAAUUCCCCUAUCAGCCCUCUAUACUGACUUCCUGGAUAUGUAUUUACCACAUUCACAGAAAAAAAAAAUCUGAACUGUUGAAAAAGGCACUUUAUUAUCUAAGAUUCAACAAGAACACUGAUACUAAAUCUUAAAGGACUCUAUCGGUCCAUAGAAAGGCCACAAUGCAUACAAAGCACAAACAAACCUUCAAAUAUCAGCCUUUGACAUUAUUUUAAUAUAUAUAUUUUUUGCAGGUGAUUUUUCCUUUUGUUGCCUAUGAGUUUAUACAUCGCAUCUGACUAGCAAGCCAAAUUCAUAUAAUUAUCAUUAGUUUACAAACCUCCAAGUCGUGCAUUGUUGCCAGAUUGAAAAUUGAUGCUCAUAAAGGAUAUAGCCGUAAAUCCCAAACCAACAUGUAACAGAUAAUUACAGAUUAUUUACUAAUGAUGCCGUGUUUUGGACACGUCGAUUUUUAUAAAAGAUUUUGCACACAAGUUCCUAAAAGCCAUAGAGGCUGCAUUGUUCUUCUAAUACCUGGUGCUUAUGGGGACUGUUUUACAGGGAGGAACUAUAUUAAUAGGAUUAUGUUUCAGUUACAACAAGGUUCAAAUGUAGAAAUAAAACUAGGGCUGCAAUACAUAAGAGUUUCGUAUCCCUCUCCCUAUAGAUUUGCCACAAUGUCCGUAUGAAUGAAUUCUGGCAUUAUGGCCUCUUUCCCGCAUACGCAAAGUACCAAAUCAGGAGCUAGAGCCGCUGCGAGUGACAAAGGUUCAUAGAAAGGAAGAGAAGGUGACUCCAAAUAUCCUUCACAAAUCACACAAAAAUGCAAACUAGGAACUGGAGCCUUUGUCUCACGUGAUUCUUUUGAGUUUACCAAAUAACAAAGAUCAAACUCCUGGUAUGCCAUUCAUUUUGAUUGUGAAGGUGUGUGUAAACACUUAAUGUUAUAAUUUGUCACUUAAAAUGUAGCCACAUACAGUUACGUCUCAUUGCAUGCUCUGUACAGUAGUACCACCUUGAUAUUCAGUUUUUUGCUCACUUCUGUCCUUUCUCACGAAAUUCUUUCAAUUAAUUUGUGCUUUUUUUGUGUUUAAUCCACUAAUUUUGCUUUAUUUCAAUUCACAAUUGAGCAUACAUAAGUCUGUAAUUACAAUUUAUUGAAACUAUAUCUGAUUGGUAUUUCAAAUAUUAAUGAUGUUAUUAAGAAUAUUUACAUUUUUCUAAAAAGCAUUUACGUAACAGCUCCAACUGUUUUAAGAAUGACACAAUGAUGCAUUUUCACAAGCACUGCCCAACAACUGAAGUGUAAGCUUUGAUUGAACAUUGUGCAUAGUUCUAACUUACAAUAACCUCACUGGUGUUUACAUGUUACUCAUCAAAAUCAACCAUUUCCACAUUGUGUUGAUCUAAGUAUUGAAAACUGCGCAAGUAAAUUGUUGUGUUUAGUUUUGGGAGUUUUUGAUAGUUCUGGUGAUUAUGUCAAAAAAUUCUUCUCAUCUUUCUUUUUUGUUUAUUUUUUUUUAAUUAAAAAAAAAACAUACACAAAGGGAUUGAGAUAGAUUCUGAGAUUUACUUAAACCGAUUUUUGGCAUUGUACUUUUUUCUAUAGAUGAGGAUGAGUUGCACUCAAAUUUGGGAUCUCGUCGCAAAACAAACAUAUUUAAAUAAAUAUGUAUAUAUCAGAUAAUAUAAUAUGAAACAUCAAUUGGAACAUUUUAAUCAUGUAAAUAAAUAGCUAAUAACUUUCAAUGGAAUUUUCAAUAUAAUUUAUACUGUGAUGUUAAGAGAAUGCAAAGGCUGAUUUUGAACUAUGUAAAUAGUCUAUUUUACAGUGUCACUUGAUCACCUUUUUUUCCUUUUGCUCUGUUUGUCGAAGCACAUUUCUUUGGUUUUGCCAAAAUGUAACCUAUACUGUAUUCAUGAAUGUAGUUGAUAUUCGUUUGCAGCAUGUAUUUGCUGCAAUGUGUCAGCAAAAGUAAUACAAUUUCCUGUACCAAUGAUCAGCUAGGAAACAGCGUAACGUACACCACCUUUUCAAACACACACACACAAACACACGCACACAAAAGGGUCAAGUGAUAAAGAGGCUAGCGAUGCCUUUGUAUCAGCCCGAAAGUCAACCAUCUCAGGUCAGCACAAUUCACACUAACAACAAUACAACCACAAACUACAACAUUAAACCCAAGAAUUGUACUUAAGGACAAGUACCUUAGUGAGCUUGUCUCAGAUGUUUUCUCUGUACUGUGUUUGCUUUCUCUGUUUAAGGCCUAUCAUACUGUGCACAUUGCACAUUUACAGUAAAAACAGAAAGGCACACUUUUAGCAUUGGCAGAAUCUUAACACCUAAAAUAUUUGAAAAUGCAUUAAGGUACUAAAUCCACCUCAGCCAUAGGACAUGUCUCAACUUAUCCAAUAUAAAUUUCUUAAAUUUCAGAAUAAUACUGUAUGUGGUAUGACAUGGUAUAUGAGUGUGAGAGUGUGUGGUGGAUGCAUGUUCGCCAGACAGUAAUGUGUUUCCAAAGCACACUGGCACCUGGCAAGAAAGGUCUGCUUCAUAAGUUCUACACUUUGAAUGUGUUUGUACUUCACAGCGCUUUUUUGUUUCAUAUAUUUUUAUACUUCUAUACUCCUGUGUAAAAAAAAAAAAAAAAAAAAUGCAAACACUGUUUUUGGCAAAACCUUGUAAAUCCAAUUUUGGCAAUUUUCACAUUUAUACUAUACAGAAUGAAUACAUUGUCCUCCAGUGAUUCUGGAAACGUAAUACAGGUAUGUUUUAAAAAAUCCAGUCAAGAUCCAUUGUAUAAAGUUGAAAAAAAUACAUGGGUUUACAUGGUUUGAAAAUGGCUUUUAUCUCUUCAUUCCUGGAAAAAAUGCAAGGUUUUCAUCAGACAGCAGAGUCUUCUCUGGAGAGCAAGGACAGACUGACAUCCUAAAAGCCUAAAUGACACAUCUUGGUGACAGUGUAUGUUUGCACACACUCACAGAAGAAGCCUUAGCCUCCUGCUACCCUGGACUUCACUCCAAGGAGCAUUAAUCCUUCUACCCUCUCAACACCCUCCACCUUGAAAAAUCCCUGUAUGUGCCACUCACGAGAACAUUCCCUGAAACCCAGAGCUGUACCCUUCUCAAAGAUAAGCCCUGUAAAAGUCAGUGUCUGUCUUUACUAUGAAAAACCUAUGGAGAUGAAUAAAUCGUCAAUAAAUAUUGUAUACAGUUCUAAA